GCAGCUACCAAAAUGUUAACAAUAAGUCACAUUCUUAUAGCUUUGGCUGUAUUUCUUCUAAUUACGCAGUUUUUUAAGCUGCAACGAGUAAAGAGACGGCUUCCUCCUGGACCAGUCCCUCUCCCAGUUUUUGGGACCUUGAUACAGCUGAACUUUCAGUUUAAUUGUGAUCUCCUCAUGAAGCUGGCAAAAGUUCACGGCAACAUAUUCACCUUAUGGUUUGGAUGUGCCCCAGUGAUCAUACUGAAUGGAUAUCAAGCAGUUAAAGAUGGUAUGACCACACACCCUGAAGAUGUCUCAGGGAGGCUUGUGUCUCCUUUCUUCAGAGCAAUGGCCAAAGGAAAAGGGAUUAUGUUGGCAACUGGUCACACCUGGAAGCAACAGAGAAGGUUUGCACUGAGGACUCUACGCAACCUCGGUCUGGGGAAAAAAGGUCUGGAGCAUCGAGUUCAAGAAGAGGCUCAAUACCUGGUCGACCUCUUUAGAAGUAUGAAAGGGAAACCCUUGGAUCCUUCUUUCUCUCUCUUUCAUUCCAUCUCAAACGUCAUUUGUGCCGUUGUCUUUGGACAUCGCUUCUCCAGAGAGGAUGAAACCUUCUGUGAACUGAUUAGAGCCACAGAGCAGAUAUUCAAAUUUGGAGGCAGCUUUAUUCAUUGUCUGUAUGAAAUCUUCCCCUGGCUGAUGUGCCGUCUCCCCGGCCCUCACAAGAAGGCCUUGUCUUGCUAUGAUGUCCUGAGCUCUUUCACAAGGAGAGAAAUCAGGAUGCACGUGGAGCGUGGGAUACCUGACGAGCCACAGGAUUUCAUUGACUUUUACCUGGCUCACAUUGAAAAGUCCAAAAAUGAACCCAGGUCUACAUAUAAUGAAGAAAACAUGGUUCAUUCUAUCAAUGACCUUUUCUUGGGUGGAUCAGAGACAACAAGCACUACUUUAAACUGGGGUCUGCUCUACAUGGUGGCAUAUCCAGACAUCCAAGAGAAAGUGCAGAAGGAGCUGGAUGCUGUUGUGGGUCCCUCCCGGUUAAUCUGCUACGAGGAUCGGCGAGAGCUGCCCUACACCAACGCCGUGGUGCACGAGAUCCAGCGCUUCAGCAACAUUAUCUCUGUUGGCAUGCCCAGGGUGUGUGUGAGGGACACCACCGUGCUCGGCUUUCCCCUCAAAAAGGGCACUGUGGUUUUUCCAAACCUUGCUUCAUCUUUGUAUGACCCAGAGCAGUGGGAAACGCCUCGACAGUUCAACCCUGGUCACUUCUUGGAUAAGGAUGGGAACUUUGUGAGCCAAGAAGCCUUCUUACCAUUCUCAGCAGGGCACCGUGUGUGUUUGGGGGAGCAUCUAGCCAGGACAGAGCUCUUUAUUUUCUUUGCCAGCCUGCUGCGAGCAUUCACCUUCCAGCCCCACCUUCCAGAGGGGGUGACCAAGAUCAACAUAGAGCCCAUUUUUGGGGGCACGCUGCAGCCUCACCCCUACCAAGUUUGUGCCAUCCCACGCUAG